UACCCAUGUGCUUAUCAUAAUAUUACAAAUGCCUGUGUACCAUGGAGGUACACAAGCAUUUAGUCCUACACCAAAAAGGCCACUUUAUCCCUCCAUUGAAAACUCCAAAUCCAGCCAUUGAAUACCAAUAUAUGACACGUGUAAAGCAUCCACCAUAGUCGUACCAAAGAACUUUUACAUUCUUGCCCUUAUCACCCCUUACUGCCAUCCUCCCUCUCCCAGAUACCUAAAGAAGCUCGAAACAGAUCUCUAAAACCUACAAAACCCCAUCAAUUCCAACCACCAAUCUCUUCGCCAUUUCUUCUUGUAGAAAAAGCUGCGUUUUUUAUCACAAAGAUCCCACCUUUCGCCGGCGAUGUCUCUUCAACAGCAGCUUUACUCGCCACCGCCGCCGCCGCCGCCGCCGCCGACGACGACGACAACCACGCGGUAUCCGUCGAAGGAAAGCUGGGGUUCGAUCGGUCCGGUGAUUGGAGUUCUCGCUGUGAUAGCUAUUCUCGGAAUCCUCGCAGGAGUAAUCGGCCGGCUCUGUUCUGGGCGGAGGAUUUUAGGGCUAGGGCCUUUUGAUGUUGAGGGCUGGAUUGAGAGGAAGUGUUCCUGCAUCGACGGCGGGAUCAGCUCGCCUCUGCCGCCGCCGGAAGAAGUCGGUCGUCAGAGAUCUGAAGGGGAGCCGGAGGCCAAGCAUUCGCCACAACGCUAGAUUGAAGCGGCGCUGUACUAAAGCUCUGAUUUUUCUUUUUCUUAGUGUAAAACAGUGGGAAAAAAAUCCUUUUUUUUUAAAAUAAAAUUUAUGUAAAUUUUUUAGUAUUUUAUUUAGCUUAUUUUCCUUGUGAACAUAAGGGA